GCUCACAACUCCAAAAGGUAGUUUAAAUGGAAAUAUGUGUUCAGUAAUGUUCAAAAGCAAAGUUACUGAAAGCAGGCGGUACCUUUUGCCACUAAUCGUUUCCCCUCGGUCAUAUUUGACUGUUACACUGGUUUGGCACUCGAACCACUGUUGAUAACAUCCUGGAGUAAAUUUUACAAAGUGUUUCUCAUACAGGUCAGGUUGCUGUGAUGGCGGUGAAGCUGCAAGGCUUUGAGUUCUGGAAGACCACGCUGAGGGGGGCGCGUUACGUCGUUGCACCCAUGGUGGACCAGAGCGAACUGGCCUGGCGUCUACUGAGCCGUCGCCAUGGCGCCGAGCUGUGCUACACGCCCAUGCUGCACGCGCAGGUGUUUGUACGCGACGCCAACUACAGGAAAGACAACCUGUACAGCGAAGUCUGCCCCGAAGACAGGCCGCUUAUUACACAGUUCUGUGCCAACGACCCAGAGGUGUUUGUCCAGGCAUGUCUACUGGCUCAGGACUACUGUGAUGCUAUCGAUCUCAACCUGGGAUGCCCACAGAUGAUCGCCAAGAGAGGGCACUACGGAGUCUUCCUACAGGAUGAGUGGGAGCUGCUGGAGAAGAUGGUGAAGCUAGCCAAUGAGAAGAUCUCUGUUCCCAUCACCUGUAAGAUCCGUGUGUUUAACAAGAUGGAGGAGACUGUUCAGUACGCUCAGAUGCUGGAGAAGGCUGGCUGCCAGCUGCUGACCGUUCACGGUCGGACCAAGGACCAGAAAGGACCCGCCACAGGCAUUGCUAGCUGGGAACACAUCAAGGCUGUACGGAACGCUGUUAACAUCCCUGUGUUCGCUAACGGUAACAUCCAACACCUGAGUGAUGUGGAGCAGUGUAUGGAGGAGACUGGAGUACAGGGGGUGAUGAGUGCAGAGGGGAACCUCCAUAACCCAGCUCUGUUUGAGGGUCACAGCCCUCCUGUAUGGGAGAUGGCUGAGGAGUAUCUAGAGGUGGUCAGUCAGUACCCUCCCUGUACCCUGUCCUAUGUCAGAGCACACCUCUUCAAGCUCUGGCACCACACGCUGCAGAUCCACAAGGACCUGAGAGAGGAGCUGGCCAAGGUGAAGAACCUGCAGGGGCUGACAGAGGUCAGCAGACAACUCAGACUACGCUGCCAGGAGGAGAUAACCAAUGGAGGCGAGGAGGCGGGGCAGGUGGUUGGGCUGCCAUUCCCUCAUUGGAUCUGCCAGCCGUACGUCAGACCAGUGCCGAAGGCUCCGGUUGCUAACAGCAACGGUACGGAGGUGAAGGCAGGGGGUCACAAGAGGGCGUUGUCACAAGAAGACUCGGACGGGGCGAGCGAUGCCCUCUCCAAAAACAAACAGAAGAAGAAAGCCAGAAACCCCCACAAGAACUUCUGUCCCGAGCAGAAGCCAAAGUACAUCAAGUGUGAGCAGUGUGGAAAUCCAAAGGGUAAUCAGUGUGUAUUCAACCUGUGUCGAGGCUGCUGUAAAAAGAAGGCCCACAAGGAGGUGGCAGACUGCCCAAGUCACGGGCUGAGGUUCAAGACCAAGGCAGAGAAACAGAAGACAGAGCGGCAAGAGGAGGAGGAGGAGGAGGAGGGAAAGAGCAGAGGGUUACAGGAGGAAGAGGAUGGAGGAUUGUUGAACGGGACCCCCAGCCCCCCAACAGACCCCCCACAGAGGACAGACUGUGGCCUGAGACAUGGACUAACAGGGACAUAGACAUCCAUUCAUAUGUAGAGCAGUACACACACAUACACACACACACACACACACACACACACACACACACACA